UUCAUUAAACUCGAAUGUUUUGAUUGCACGUUGACUGCAUUGGGAAAUUGCAUUCAUGAAUAUUUAGUUUUUACUGCGUUGCAUACCUUGUAUUGUAUGUAUUUUCACAGCAGACGGAGUCUCUUCAAUUCCAAACUGACCUUGAACUUUGUGAUAAAAUUAGUUAAGAAAAAACGUAGCAAGAGGUUAGGAAAAAAAGGUUUUCAACAUUUUCUUCGAAAAACCCUCGGAGAUCGCAUUCGAAUCGUUGCACUGAUUGUCCAGCAGAGGGCCCCCAGCACCCCACUCCCUCCCCCCUCCUCCUAGAUUAUCAAAAUCCUCCGUAUUAUCAUUUGUUUUCAUUUCUUCGCCGUCUAAAUACAGUGUCUCCCCUCGAACAAUUGCAUCAGCUCGAACAAUCUUCACUCAAGUCCCUCACAAUCACCGAAAAGUCCACAAUGACAAAGGUCACGGUAUUGGAUGGCAGUUUUUCCAGCCAAGUGUCGACCCACGUGGGGAAGUGUGCAGAUGGUGAUCCACUCUGGACGGCGCGUUUCCUGGUGACCAACCCUGAUGCAGUAUCAUCGGCACACUUGGACUUUCUACGAGCAGGAAGUGAUAUAAUCGAGACGAAUACCUAUCAGGCGUCGGUGGACGGUUUCAAGAAGCACCUGGGGUUGAGCGAGGAAGACAGCUUGGAGUUGAUUCGCAAAGCUGUCGACCUGGCCGCCCAAGCCGUGAAGAUAUACAAAGAAGAAAUCGAGGGACAUGACGAGGCUGUGAACAGAUCCCCUUUGAUCGCCGGCUCGUGCGGUCCUUACGGUGCGACCCUUCACGACGCCAGUGAAUACACAGGAACAUACGCCAAGUCCGUCUCGAAGGACUUCCUCAAGGACUGGCACAGACCGAGGAUAGAGACCCUGAUAAAAGCAGGAGUCGAUCUUCUGGCAAUCGAGACAGUCCCCUGUGCCGAGGAAGCCGAGGCUCUCGUCGAGCUGAUGAAGGACUUCCCAGACACCAAAGCCUGGCUGUCCUUCUCGUGCUCGAAUGAUGGUAAAACCCUGGUGGAUGGGUCUGAAUUCCGAGAUGUCGCCCUCAACUGUUGGAAAAACGCCCACCCCGGCCAGUUUAUCGCUGUUGGUAUCAACUGUGUCGAUCCCCACUUUGUAACUCAGUAUCUCGAGAGUCUCAGGGUCAUGCCGGAGGGGAAAGACGUGCCUUUGAUUGUCUAUCCCAACAGCGGGGAGGUCUAUGUGCCUGAGACGAAACAUUGGAAGGGGGACGACAGAGUGCAGAUCGAAACGUACGUGCACCAGUGGCUAGACCACGGAGUGCAGUUCAUCGGAGGGUGUUGCAGGGUCAGUGCCUUGGAGAUUGCGAAGAUCAGGGGACAGGUGGAGACGUGGCGUUCGCAGGAGAGGGAGACUAGUCUCUAGAUGGUUGUCCUCGAAAAGGGACGAGGGAAGGAAUGGAUUUGUUGGACUGCGAGAUGGUUUUUUUUAUCUUCGACUUUUGAAGUUGGGACAGGAGGGAACAUAAACAAGUUUAUGGUUCAGAGGUGGCCUGCAUGUCCGAUUAUUGACUCGUGUCUUUUUUCGUACAGAAUCGCGUCUAGAUAAUGUUGACGAUAAUGAUGGUUCCAUUGAGGGAUAAUUAAGACUAGAUUUAAUACUCUGUUCAUCGUACUAAUCAGCAUUAUUUGUAUUUUUUGAAAAUAAAUAGUUUAAUUUCACUAA